GCUCUCGGAUCUUCAUGCUGUUUUCUGCUCUUCGGCUGUCCUGCGAGGCUCCGGCCUGGUGUCCGAGCGGCCCCAGUCACUGAGAACCGGUAGAGAAAUGUGUCACCCGUGUACGGAGGAGGCGAGACACACCAGUGUUAAAAACACAGAUAAACCAUCAUGAUUCCCAUCACAGAGCUUCGGUACUUUGCUGACACCCAGCCAACAUACCGCAUCCUGAAGCCAUGGUGGGACGUUUUCACCGACUACAUCUCAAUCAUCAUGCUGAUGAUCGCGGUGUUCGGCGGGACGCUUCAGGUCACGCAGGACAAGAUGAUCUGCCUGCCUUGCAAGUGGAUCCUCAACGACACUUGCGAUGCCAUGCCAAAUGGAACAGGCAUCUACGCCCCAGAGCCCAAAGGCAUUCGAUACGACCUGGAUCGACACCAGUACAACUAUGUCGACGCCGUCUGCUAUGAGAACAAGCUGCACUGGUUUGCUAAGUAUUUCCCUUAUCUGGUGCUGCUCCACACUCUCAUCUUCCUGGCCUGCAGUAACUUCUGGUUCAAAUUCCCACGCACGAGCUCCAAACUGGAGCACUUUGUCUCCAUCCUCCUCAAGUGCUUCGACUCGCCGUGGACAACGAGGGCUUUGUCUGAAACCGUGGUGGAGGAGAGCGACCCCAAACCGGUGGGGAAAACGAACGGCUCCAUGGAUAAGAAGGCGUCGAGCGUGAGCGAGGAUGUCGAGGCCAGCAUUCCCAUGCUCCAGCGAACAAAGUCCAGGAUCGAGCAAGGGAUUGUGGAUCGCUCUGAGACCGGGGUUUUGGACAAAAAGGAAGGGGAGCAGGCCAAGGCACUUUUUGAGAAAGUGAAGAAGUUCCGGAUUCACGUUGAGGAAGGCGACAUAGUCUACCGCCUUUACAUACGUCAGACCAUCAUCAAAGUAAUCAAGUUCAUACUGAUAAUUAGCUACACAGGCUAUUACGUAAGCUGCAUCAAGUUCAGCGUGGUGUGCUCAGUGAACAUGGAGAAACUGACAGGGUACCGUCUGUUUUAUUGUGCACAUCCAUUGGCGACUCUUUUCAAGAUCUUGGCCUGUUUUUACAUCAGCCUGGUUAUUGUUUACGGCCUCAUCUGCAUGUACACGCUCUGCUGGAUGGUGAGACGCUCCCUCAAACGCUACUCCUUCGAGUCGAUCCGCGAGGAGAGCAGUUACAGUGACAUCCCCGACCUCAAGAACGACUUUGCCUUCAUGCUACACAUGAUAGAUCAGUAUGACCCUCUGUACUCCAAGCGCUUUGCCGUGUUCCUGUCAGAGGUCAGCGAGAACAAGCUGAGGCAGCUGAACCUCAACAACGAGUGGACGUUAGAGAAGCUGAGGCAGCGGAUCACCAAGAACUCCCAGGAGAAACUGGAGCUUCAUCUUUUCAUGCUCAGCGGGAUCCCCGACACGGUGUUCGAUCUGGUGGAGCUGGAGGUUCUGAAGCUGGAGCUGAUCCCGGACGUGACAAUACCCCCCAUCAUCGCCCAGCUCUCCAACCUGAGGGAGAUGUGGCUUUACCACACUCCAGCUAAGAUCGAAGCUCCAGCUCUGGCUUUCUUAAGGGAGAACCUCAAGUCUCUCCACAUCAAGUUCACGGACAUCAAGGAGAUCCCACUGUGGAUCUACAGCCUGAAGAACCUCAGCGAGCUGCACCUGACCGGAAACCUGAGCGCCGAGAACAAUCGCUUCAUCGUGAUCGACGGGCUCCGGGAGCUCAAGAGCCUGAAAGUGCUGCGUCUGAAAAGCAACCUGACCAAGCUUCCUCAGGUGGUGACCGACGUGGGCGUGCACCUCCAGAAGCUGUCCAUUAACAACGAGGGCACCAAGCUGAUGGUGCUCAACAGCCUCAAGAAGAUGGUCAACCUGACAGAACUCGAGCUCAUUCGCUGUGACCUCGAGCGCAUCCCGCACUCCAUCUUCAGCUUGCACAACUUGCAGGAGAUCGACCUGAAGGACAACAACCUGAAGACGAUAGAGGAGAUCAUCAGCUUCCAGCACCUGUACCGCCUCGUGUGCCUGAAGCUCUGGUACAACCAGAUCGCUUACAUCCCCAUCCAGAUCGGAACGCUCACCAACCUGGAGAGGCUCUACCUGAACAGGAACAAGAUCGAGAAGAUUCCCAGCCAGCUCUUCUUCUGUCGCAAGCUGCGCUUCCUGGAUCUGAGCCACAACAAUCUGACGAGCAUCCACCCAGACAUCGGCUUCCUCCAGAACCUGCAGUAUUUUGCCGUGACAGCAAACAGGAUUGAGACUUUGCCCCCGGAGCUGUUUCAGUGCAAGAAACUCCGCACUCUGAACCUGGGGAACAACUGCUUGCAGACGCUGCCGUCGCGCUUCGGGGAACUCACCGGGUUGACCCAGCUGGAGCUGAGGGGCAACCGUCUCGAGUGCCUCCCGGUGGAGCUCGGCGAGUGUCGGCUGCUGAAGAAGAGCGGCCUGGUGGUGGAGGAAGACCUGUUCAACACGCUGCCAACGGAAGUCAAGGAGCAUCUGUGGAGGGCCGAUAAGGAGCAAGUUUGAGCCAAAACAUAAAUGCUGACGGGAAGCUUAAAGAGGCUUGUUGAAGCCAGGACAACCUUAAAGACAGACGCAGCUGCAUUGGCCGUGAAAGCAAAGGCAAACUGACAGCUUGUCUGCUUCAGGAGCAGACAGGAUGAUUGAUUAGUAAGCUUUUCCUGAUUGCAAAGCUGCCGAGAAUCUGGAAGCUGCUGUUAAAUAUGCAUGCCAUAGUGGGAUCAUUCUGAAGCAAAACUGGUUCAUCGGACGACUUUGCACGACUCAGCUCUGCCAGUGAGCUAACUGUACUCUUUUUUUUUUUUAUUAUUAUUAUUUUACCGAGCACAGGGUACUUGCACAAAUGAAACAUGUUUAACGCUGAAUUCACCCAUCCCUCCUCUGGACUUCAUAUCUCGGAGGAACUUUUGUUUUUUCAGUUGUAGCACAACGUGGCUCGCUGAAUCUGAGGAUGUUAUCAAGCCAAUCGUUUCUCGACUCAAACCUAAUCUGGUCAGGCAUGAACUUGUUUUUUUUUUUUUUUCCAUCCGUCUCUUUAAUCUCAUCAUGCAUCUUCUUAUGGGCACAAAAUGACUCUGACUACGAACAAAUCAUCGCACAGGUAAUCUCGCAGCUUCGGCCUUAAUUCUGAGAAAACCGCUGGAAAUGAUUGCAAAAAAAAAAAUAAUUAUUAAGAACAAACUACAUCUAAAAACACCCUGCAGUUAUAAAUCCCCUCAUCAGCUCGUGUGGCAAGCUGUAACUUGCACAGGAAGAAGUUGAAGCCGGCUUCAGUGUUUGUCUUUUGCUCCGUCACCAAAUGUUAUUUUUACUCAGACGUGCAACCAGGAAACAGCGUGACUCGGAAUCAAACACUAUAAACACUUUGUUAAUGCUUAGCUGCAUUUGAAGGCAGAGUAUUAUGACUGAAGAUAGAACCAGAGGAUGGUUCAGAAACACAGUUUCAGCAAAUAAGUGUUCACUUCCUGUGAACUUCUGGAACAUGUACACUAGUCAGAUAAUUUAAGUGACCUUUGUUCAUUUCAGAACAUAUUUUAUUUUAAAGAAUGAAAUGUAACUCUAAUGUACAAUAAGCCACAUUAUGGCACCAACUAUUCAGGUCCAUUUGUUUUCAGAUUAACAUAUUCAAUGUCAUGAAAACUUACUUACCCCCUUACAGAAUUCUUUUGUUUUUAGUAAGCUUAUCAAAGAAAUGUUAAUGUCAGACAACUAUCAACCAAGUAAACACAAAAAGCUGCUUUCACACUGUGAUUUAAUGAUUUAUUAAGAAAAAAAAAAGCUAUCCAAACUAACAUGGCCCUGUAAUGAAAUGUGACAGAGCAUAUCUUGAAUUACUUUCACUUGUCAAACUGCUUGUCCCAAAUUAAGUAGAACCUGUUUGACAACACGAAGCAGGUUAGAAGAUCUCAAAAAGCAGCACGAGACCAUAUUUGAAAAAAA